AGAAGCUAGCUGCUCUUAAUAGGUGCCUAGCAUCUUGGAUGAGUAAAUACUUGGGGCAGCGAGCUCCUUCUGCCACUCAUGCCACAUGACCAUACUCUACUUUUAACAUGAAUCGUUAAAAGGGGGUGGGGGUGAAUAAUGAAAAUAAUCUAAGUACUGAAGAAGAGCAAAGAAAAAUCUCAGCAGCUCAACACGUGUAACAGAAGUUAUUGUGGGGGAAAAGAAGACCUAUACAGUACUGAAAAGGGGUGGACUGUGUCAAAUUAAGAUUUUCCAUGAAGCCUAGCUAAACAUGCAACCAGCAAUACAUUGAUAAGGCCCAUGCAGCUGUGGAGAUAUUCUUCUACGUGGUGAAAAUGGCUCUAAUUUUUUGACAACGAUUAAAGGACAAUGGGGUCAAAUACACUUGGGAAGGCUGCAACAUUAGAUGAACUUUUAAACACUUGCAUUGAAAUGUUUGAUAAUAAAGGACAUUUGGGCACCAGUCAUUUACCAAGAAUGGUUCUUUUAAUGCACCGGUGGUAUCUACCUUCCACAGAACUGGCCGGCAAACUUCUCUCCAUCUAUAGAGAUGCCAGUGGGGAAAAAUGCAGUGAAUUCCGCUUAAAAAUCUGCUGUUUCAUGAGGUACUGGAUUUUGGAAUUUCCAGCAGAAUUUAAUUUGGAUCUUGGUUUGAUUCGUCUGACUGAGGAGUUCCGGGAAGUAGCCAGCCAGCUUGGUUAUGAGGAACAUGUCCACCUUAUUGACAUCUCCAGCAUUCCCUCCUAUGACUGGAUGAGAAGAGUCACUCAGAGAAAAAAAACUUCCAAGAAGGGAAAAGCCUGCCUGCUGUUUGACCACCUGGAACCCGUUGAAUUAGCUGAACACCUCACUUUUCUGGAGCAUAAAUCUUUUAGAAGAAUUGCUUUUACAGAUUACCAAAGCUAUGUGAUUCAUGGCUGCUUGGAGAACAACCCAACCCUGGAGAGAUCAAUUGCAUUAUUUAACGGUAUCUCUAAGUGGGUCCAGCUGAUGGUUCUUAGCAAGCCAACGCCCCAGCAAAGGGCAGAUGUAAUCACAAAGUUUAUCAAUGUUGCACAGAAGCUGCUUCAUCUCCAGAACUUUAACACGCUGAUGGCAGUUGUGGGAGGCCUAAGCCACAGCUCUAUUUCUCGUCUCAAAGAAACUCACUCUCAUCUAUCUUCCGAGGUUACAAAGGACUGGAAUGAGAUGACAGAACUGGUCUCCUCCAAUGGAAACUACUGCAACUACCGCAAAGCUUUUGCUGACUCUGUUGGCUUCAAAAUCCCCAUAUUAGGAGUUCACUUGAAAGACUUGAUAGCCGUUCAUGUCAUCUUUCCAGACUGGAUAGAUGAGAACAAAGUAAACAUAGUGAAAAUGCAGCAGCUAUCCAUUACCUUGAAUGAACUGGUUUCCCUGCAGACUGCUACCCAUCAUCUAGAGCCAAACAUGGAUUUAAUUAACCUGCUAACACUUUCCCUGGACCUCUACCACACAGAAGAUGAUAUUUACAAACUCUCAUUGGUGCUAGAACCAAGGAAUUCUAAAUCACAACCUACCUCCCCAACGACCCCUAACAAGCCAGUAGUGCCACUGGAGUGGGCAUCUGGAGUGUUACCAAAGCCUGACCCAACCAUCAUUAACAAGCACAUAAGAAAGCUAGUGGAUUCUGUUUUUAGGAACUAUGAUCAUGACCAUGAUGGCUAUAUCUCUCAAGAAGACUUCGAAAGUAUAGCUGCCAACUUUCCUUUCCUGGACUCCUUUUGUGUAUUGGACAAAGACCAGGAUGGUCUUAUCAGCAAAGAAGAAAUGAUGGCCUACUUUCUGAGGGCUAAAUCGCAGCUACAGUGUAAAAUGGGACCAGGUUUUAUGCAUAACUUUCAUGAGAUGACCUAUCUUAAGCCAACUUUCUGUGAGCACUGUGCAGGAUUUCUCUGGGGUAUAAUCAAACAAGGAUACAAAUGCAAAGAUUGUGGUGCCAACUGCCAUAAGCAGUGUAGAGACUUGCUUGUGCUGGCAUGCAGGAAGUUUGCCAGAGGUACCUCGAUGGGCAGUAAUCAUGGUUCUCUGCCUAAUAGUCCGUCUCUGCCUCCAGUACAAGAUGAAGUAUUUGAAUUCCCCAGUGUUGCUACUGGGCAUCAGGACCUAGAUGGCAGAGCAAUCACCCUAGUGACUGGCUCUUCUCGAAAGAUUUCAGUCCGUCUCCAGCGGGCUACCACCAGCCAAGCAACACAGACUGAACCGCUGUGGCAUGAACCUGGCUGGAGUGACUCAGGUUCCCAUACCUUCCCCAAAAUGAAGUCCAAGUUCCAUAGCAAAACUGGAAAGAACAAAGGCUUUGCAAAAUGGGAGAAUGAAAAACCCAACGUACAGGCCCAUGUGGAUAUUGAGGUAGAGACCACAGAGCAUAUGCUGGAUGAGAAUGGAAUAGAAACACUCCAAGAAAGACAAGAACCUGAGGAUAGCUGAUUGCUUGCCCUGAAAGAUGGAGGACAAUUAAGAUGGCCAUAAGAACACAGCAAGAUAUGGAAUUCGGUAGACCACUCUUUGGCUAUGGGAAUGAAUUCCUGUACCUCAUGUUUAAACCUUAUGAAUUCAGCAGACCUUCCUGUUAUCUUAUUUAAUAGGAUGUUAGAGUCAAAAUGCACUAUUUAUUUUCUCACAAGUAAGUCACCUGGUGAACAUUGCUUAGACAGAGCACAACAGUGUGUUAUGUGACUCAGUCUUCUGGUCUAUGAUUUUUUUAUAGCGAUAUGCCCACAGGUGGAAACUGUCUCUACACCCAAUCCUACAGUUCUACAAACCAAUGAGGAUGGAUUUUAUCUUCUUUGAAAGCAUUACAUCAGCUCAUUGUGUCUAUAUAUGGCAAAGGUGAUGAGGAUGGCAUCUGAGUACCCACGUUUAUUUGAUAAAGCUCCUUAUUCAGAUGCUCAUAAUGGUCUUUUAUUUGGAAAGAACUGAGUUUAUGUUUGUUGCUAAGUCUCAAACAGGAGACUUUGAAAACGUCAGAAUUAAAAAUCCUCUCUAGGAUGCAUUCCUUUGCACACCGUUUUUCGAACUUUUAAGAUGUUUACAUUGUUCUCAUUAAACCUGUGUGUAUUGAUGUGCAGCACAUGUUUAUAAUACAGGGCCAUAUGAGAAGAGUCUUUCAAACAUACAACAUGUGUAAAAGGACUGUAGGAAUUUCAGGACAAAUAUCAUUAUUCAUAUGUUUGGUUAUACAAUAAAUGGACAGAUGCCCUUUCCCCCAGCACUGAUUAUGGUAAAAUUAACAUGUAAUAAACAUUUUAGUUUUACUUUUUUUAAUGUCCUUCUUUUAAUCAAAUUGAAAAUAUCUAAAUAAAAUUUAACACUAGAUU